AUGUCAUUGAGUGGAUUAUUUGCAAUCAAUAAACCAACAGGUAGAACUUCAACCUUUUACUUGAAUGGGAUUAAAAGAAAUUUUUUUAAAGAAGAACAAAAGUUAGACAGUACUAGAAAUAAAAAGAAAGGUAUAAAAAUAGGGCAUGGUGGAACCUUAGAUCCAUUAGCUUCAGGUGUUUUAGUAAUUGGAAUUAAUGAUGGUUGUAAGAGUUUGAACUAG